UGCAUUACACCAAAGCAAAGGAAAGCGAAUUAGCCACUGUGUCACAGACUCUCAGAAUAGACGGAUCAGCAUGACCUACAAUAAACACAUUCUCUGGGCCUUCACUGCUGCUCUGGUCACAGGCUGGGUCCUAAGUUAUGAUGAAGGAUGCUAUUAUGAGACUGUCAUGAAGCACUCAUGUAACUGGACUUGUAUGCUGCUCACUCUUCAAUGGCCUGGAAGUUUCUGUAUAGGUCUUACUAAUAAAACUAUUUGCAAAAUACCACUGACUAUUCAAAACUGGACCAUCCAUGGCCUAUGGCCGACGCAUACAGGUCUCUGCUGUAACUGUUGGCCAAUAUUUCAUUCCCACCUUCAGGAAAUAGAGCCUGAACUCACUCAGCUGUGGCCAUCUUUAAUAAAAGGAAAGAAUUUCUUCAACUUUUGGAGGGAGGAAUGGAUUAAACACGGGACGUGUGCCGGCUGUGACGAGGCCAUGGGUUCACCACUUCUUUACUUCCAGACUGCAGUCAAGCUUCGGAAACUCUUUGACAUUAAUAGUGUCUUGGAAAGCUCUGGAAUCAAAGCCUCAUGUGAGGUGUCCUAUAAGUAUGACGAAAUAAGCAGGGCCCUGGCCUCACUGCUGGGAGACAACUAUGAUUUGCAAUGUGUGACUGACAGUAAGGGUCGUGAAGCAUGGAUCCAGCUGAAGAUCCAUCUCUCGAGGAACCAAACCAUUGGAUGCCCCACAGAAGAGCGAGACGAAGCAUUCUAUAAAUUAGCGUGGUAUAAAAGCCCUGGACAUCCUUGUCCAAAGAACACCACCAUCUUUUUUGUCCCAAUUAACUAUGACAAUCCUCAUGAGCCAUGUAACUAAGAGAAGCCACCUCAUUUCACUGAAGCUGAAACUAUAGACGUGUACACAUUUGACUAUCGUGUUCUAUUUUACAGAUGUGUUCUGAAUAAAAUCAAAUUCAACUUUGGAUGCUUUAUUUCCUUCAGUGAGCCACAAAAAAAAAAAAUCACAAUAAACAUGCAGAAAUGGUGAGAGGGUUUUGAAAAACCUUUAAUGUGCUCAGUCAGAAUGUACAUCAACUAUCAAUGACAUUAAAGGUUGAGAAAGUAAUGGACCAUGAUGUUGGAUAAUCUUUUAUGGCGCUGGGAACAGCAGUUUUAUCUCAGCUGCUGGAGCUCGAAUCACUCGUAAGAGUAUAACAAUGGAAUUCUUCUUUACAAUCGAUGUUCCAUUUAUGGGCAGGCAGUAAAAGUUUCAGAAGGAACAGCCAGCAGCUAUGAAAUCUUUCAUGCGAACACUCAGGAUGGAUGGAUUUAGGAACUCACAGUUCACAUUUUAUUUGACGUGGAAUCAAUUUGCCAAAAACGUUUCUACACCACAGAAGAAACAGAAAAAGAAGACUAUCCACUAAAACCUUCCACUAAUUAAAAAAAAAAAAAAUUAAGCUCACGGAAAGUGACUAUUCUGCAGCAAACUGCAUUCAAAUAGAAAAAUGAGUUUCAAUGUGUGGCGUUCUUCACAC